AUGGUUGGCUGCACCACCCUCUAUGGUCCAGAAACUCUCCAACGCUUACUAGCAUAUCCAGCUUUCUCUUAUUUGACAACUAUCUUAAUCGUAUCAGACGCGACACUUGGUGACACCCUAAGAAGUUUUUGGCAUGCUAUCUAUGCUACAAUUCAGGUUACGAUUCUUUCUCUACCAAGCUUAUGGCUAGUUGGUCCUGCUCGGUUCACUAAUAGCUUAGCAGCAGUGGGAGUGGCUCUUUGUACGUUUGUGGUGGCGUUGCCGGAGUCUACACACUUGAUGUCUAAACGAAUUGCGUUUGGGCAGAUUGUGAUUGUGUAUGUUGGGGUUGUGAUUCAUGGUGCCCAAACUGGAAUCAUUAAGCACCUAAUUCAUAUGGCAUCAAGUACGGCCCUUGGAGUUGUUGCUUCUGUUCUAGCUAUGUUCUUUCCAUAUCCUCGGCUAGCCUAUAACGAGGCGAGGAAAACGUGUCAGUUAUAUGCCAAAACUGCUUCAAAAAGAUUAGAUCUCUUAGCGGAGGCCUUCUCUGCUCAAGAUAACUCAAGUGCACUCGAGUUAGUCUCCCAAGUAAAGUCCCUUUCUAAAGCAGGAGCCAAGUUUAUUGAAAGCAUCAAAUAUAAUCUGGACGGCCUGCUGUGGGAGGGACCUCAGUUGCGUUUUGUAACAGCCAAUUCCAUGGACCUUGGAGAAAAAUUGAGAGAAAUGGAAAUACCAAUAAGAGGGAUGGAAAUUGCAGUAACUUCUUGCCAUUCCUUCCCUAUUGGCAUGGUAGAUGAGGAGCUCAGAAAUGUCUUACAAGGUUUAAAAGAACAAAUAGGCUUAAACCUAGAGCAAGCCAAGUGGUCUGUGUGUUUUGGUACGACAACAGCUCCAGAAAGAACAGGAAAUUUUUCAGAUAAAUUCAAGCAGAACCUUAAGACCACUUUGGUAACCCCUGAAGAUUUUCCAGCUUCAUUCUUCUUCUAUUGCAUAGAACUCCUAUAUAACUUACUCAUUGCUCAAAAUCCUAAGUGCAUUAUAGAAAUUGACUCUAUGGAGUCAUCAAGUUAUUCAGAAAAACAAGCCAAGUGUCCCUUCCAAAAGACCUGGAACAUUCUGAAAUUAAGACCAACUAGCCAGCAAGUGGUUUUUGCAUUCAAGUGCUCAGUUUCUUUGGGUCUCGCUGUGUUAUUUGGUUUGAUAUAUAACAAAGAAAAUGCAUACUGGUCAGGUCUCACAAUUGCCAUUAGUUUUGUAACAAGACGACAGGCAACAUUUGCGGUUGCUAAUGCUCGGGCACAAGGGACAGCAAUAGGAUCGGUGUAUGGAGUCCUGUGUUGCUUUAUAUUCCAUAAGCAUGUGGUUUUACGGCUUUUACCUCUUCUUCCUUGGAUUAUUUUUGGCAGUUUACUAAGACAUAGCCAGAUGUAUGGUCAAGCUGGUGGGGUUUCAGCAAAUGUAGGAGCAUUAUUAAUCUUGGGUAGGAAAGAUUAUGGCCCUCCUAGCGAGUUCGCAAUUGCCAGAAUCGCUGAGGCUACAAUCGGGUUAAUUUGUUUCAUCACAGUGGAAAUGCUUGUGAACCCGGUUCGAGCAGCAACUCUGGCCAAAACUAAACUGUCCACAAGCUUAGGUGCCCUUCAAGAAUGCUUCAAAGACAUAAUUUUUGCCAAACAGAACAUUCGCUCUUCAAAUUUUCCCACAUUGAGGGAAAGGCAUAACAAGCUACGAUCCCAAGUCAAGGAAUUAGAAAAGUUGAUUGCAGAAGCAAAGUUGGAACCAAAUUUCUGGUUCUUGUCAUUCCAUGGUGCUUGCUACAAUAACCUCCUAGGAUCUUUGUCAAAAAUGGUAGAUCUAUUACUCAUUGCAACUCAUACAAUUGAAUUUCUCUCACGAGAAUCACUGAUAGUUGGAGUUCCUUUGGAAGAGUUCCAAGAACAUAUCAAUGAUGUUUUAGAGCAUUUCAAGAAAGAAGUUGGCUCUACAUUGAAAUGCUUGGAAGAAGUGACUUCAAUCAAGUCUCUAGCAGUACUUGAAAAAGAGUUGCAAAAGAAAAACAUAUCGCAGCCCCCCUUUUCAACAAAUGGGAAUGCAUUCAGGGUUCCAAGUUCAGAAGAAGAGGUUGAGAACAUUGCAGCCUCUUUUUUCCAACAUUCAAGAAAAGUGGCUGACAAAAUUUAUACCAGUGAUGGUGAGGACAAGCUUAAAAAUGAAACAAUUCUUUGUCUAGGUGGGCUGGGGUUCAGCAUCAAUACUUUGAUGAAAGAAACAAUGAAGAUCACGAAUGAAGUAAAAGAACUAGUCAUAUGGGAAAAUCCUUCAAGCCACAUAGAUUUGUAUGAAAUUUCUUGUAAAGUUAAAGCCCUGCAUACAUAA